AUGCGAACCAAGAGCGUUGAUUGGUGCAUUAACCUCGUCCAAGUACUGACGUGGCUGCUGGCAGCUAUGUCGCCUUGUAUCGCUACCCUCUUGAACAACAACGGGGUGGAAUCUGCUGAGCGGCUCCUGCAGUCUGCCAGCGAUCGAUCUACGCACCCUCUUUCGGCCACGCAUGUGGUGCAAGUGGUAGCGAAAGCACCCGAAACGCUCAAGUUAGGGACGGACGACUUUCUGGGAACUGGACUGAAACGUAAGUCGGUGGCGGGAGCAUAUGGUACCACUGCAGCGGUGAGCUUGGGUGCAGUGGCGAUCGGGUACCAGACAUUGAAUUAUCGCUCCAAGAACAGGGAUGCUGCGACAAAGGCGGCCAAAGAUGAGCGGGUGAGAGAGGCGAUAUGCUCGGAAAAGCGACGCUCUGCAGACGCCACAGGACCCAAAUCGAUGAACAACGACAGCCAGUCAAGUGGCCCGAUGUCGAUUGCUUCAUCGUCUCCCGUGCCGAGCGCAUCAGAGCCAAGUAGACACUCUUCGGUCAACGUUGAAGCAUCACAGUCAGAAGCACCAGUAAUAGGCUUAGGAGCGGUUCGGGCAAGCACAGCAUACGCAUAUCCACCUUCGCGUGCAUUGUCCCGGUUGGACAGGAGAGCACGGCUAAGCGAUGCUACUCUCAACACGAUCGAAGACUACAACAAGAUGAUCGGCGCCACCGAAGCGAUUGCUUCCGGAACCAUUGCCAUCACCUCUGCGUGA